AUGUCAUCCCAGAACCAGCUGAGUGUUCUUCAUAAUUUCAAGGGGAUUCUCUUUUCUACUAUGUCUUCAAAAGAACUUCUUAAUUCCCUGGAUUCUUUUGAUGCAAGAGAAGAUGAUGUGUUUCUGGUUUCCUACCCAAAAUCUGGCACUCACUGGGUUGCAGAGGUCAUUGAGAACAUCCCCAAUGCAGGAAUUACCCUAACAUCUCCUAUCGAAUUUGGAGACGUUUCUAAAUUUGAAGAGCUAAAAGCAUAUUCGAAGAGAAGAGUAAUUCCAACGCACUUGAACUAUGACAUGUUACCUGUGAAUGUCAAACAAAAGCAGUGCAAGAUUAUCUACAUUGUUCGAAAUCCAAAAGAUACUGCUGUUUCGCUUUUCCACUACUACCGAGAUAACCCUAAUCUCCCUUGUGUUGAAACAUGGGCUGCCUUUUUUGAGCUAUUCCUCAGAGGAGAUGUUGUGUAUGGAUCCUGGUUUGAUCACAUUUUAAGCUGGGAAGAGCACAAAAAUGAUAAAGACAUUCUAAUUAUAUUCUAUGAAGAGCUGAAGAAAGAUUUUGCUAAAAGCCUAAAGAAAAUAACUACUUUCCUUGAUAUAAAUGUGAAUGACAAUGAAAUUAAUAAGAUUGCUUCAAAAACAUCAUUCAGUGAAAUGAAAAACAAUGCAGUCAAAGAAAACUUUGAUCCAAACCACACGAUCUGUGCCCUCACGGCUGACAGGAACCUGGUGUUCAGGAAAGGAGUGGUGGGUGAUUGGAUAAACUACUUUACUUCAAAGCAGAAGAGAGUGUUUGAUGAACUAUUCACAGAGAAAAUGAAACACAGUGAAGUGGCGAGACAUUUGAAGGAGUUCUCUUAA